UGUAUGUGUUGAAAGCCUUUUAAUGAGAAGCUGACGCCAUUGCUUUUAGCUGCUUUGCUGCUGACUUUAUAUUAUAUAUUUUCAUGAUAUAUGCAAAAUGUAUGAAUUUGAAAGCAGUUAUUCCAGAUUUUGAGAAAAAAGUUGUGUAUUUUCACAUUAAGUAGGCACUUAGGUAGUCAAAGAAAACUUCACUGAAAGUAUGGGAAUCGUUUUAUCGGAGUCCUUCAUUAUUUUGAUAUGCUGCUUUGUGAUCUCAAGUUCAGGAGAUGCACCAGUUGUAGCAUCGUUUGCGUUCCCUUCAGCUCUAAGAGAAGGAGAACGAGGAAGUGCCACAUGCACGAUACGCUCUGGAGACAGACCUUUGGAAUUUCAAUGGCUAAAAAACGGCGAAGAAUUGAAAGAAACUUCUAAUGUUGAAAUACAGUCAAUUAAAGAUACUUCUAUUUUGUUGAUAGAAUCUGUGACGUCAGAGAGCUCAGGAAACUACACAUGCAUAGUUAAGAAUGCUUACGGAACUGAUAGGUUUACAGCAAGUUUAUAUGUGUCAGCUCCUCCAACAUGGAUUAAAGAACCAAUGGAUGUGCUUGUACAAGAAGGUGAGAGUCUCACAGUAGAAUGUGUAGCCACAGGUGUUCCACAGCCUACUAUAACGUGGACAACAGACAAAGAAGUAGGAUCACAAAUUUCUUCAGAUCCAUUGUCUGUUAUCAGAACUUCACCUUCAGGUUCUCUCAUUAUAAGUAAGGUGGACGCUUCCAUGCAAGGUUCUUAUAACUGCAAGGCUGGCAACGGGUUUGGAAAAGCCCUUAAAAAGUCCAUUAAAGUUUCUGUGCAAGGUAAGAAGACAAUGAGAAUAUAUAAACGUGUGCUGAGCUGGAAUCAUAUUAUUUGCCACAUAUUUCGAUAUGAUGAUGUAUUUUUAUUAAGAAUCGCAAAGUCAAUAUUCGUAUUAGCUUGAUUUUGAUUCCCUUCUACGAGUUUCUUGUGUAAAUUUAGAUUUUAUGUGCAUCUGCUAUAACAAUAUUGUUAUAAAUAAUACUGUUUUUAACUACUCAGGUGCAAUUUCAAAAUUAAUUUAAUUAUUUUUAGUACUAUUUAUUUACCUCUAAAUAAGCUUUUUUAAAAAAUUUUGUAGUCGUUUGCAAGAGUUGUUUAAAAUCCUGUAAAAUGUACUCAUACUUCUAUAUGGUAUGCACCCGAAACAGAAGGAUCUUUCCUAUUCUAUUUCGGGAUUUUGUAAUUUUACUUUUUCUGAAUUUAUUAUUUCUUAUGAUAUUUAAUAAUCGGAUAAUUUAUUAAUAAAAUAAUUUUAUAAUCGGAUAAUUUAAUAAAGGCUUCCAAAUACUGUAGUUUAAUGUUUGCAUCUUGACCCUUAUGAAAUAGUUUGGGAGAUGUUCACUAAUAUCUUAUUAUAACAUUAAAACUAUUAUGAAAUGUAUUGUUUCUUUUUAUAUUUGUAAAUAAUGUGAAUAUAAUGCUCGACAUAAUACUAUAUUAUAUUAAAAGAACCUGAAGUAAAUAAACUAAUCGAAACUUUUGACCUAGUUUUGCAGCUUAAUAUGAUUCAAAGGAAUUGAGAACUUACUAAGUGUAACUUUGCGUAGUCAUUUACUCUAAUAAUAAUUUAUAAGUGUGUCGGGAAGUACGUCCGGCUCGCAAACGAGAUAUUAGGGAGAUGUUUCGUUUUACACAGAUAAAACUGUAUCACCUCUAAUUUUGUUACAUAUGUUUGUAAUGUUAUUUUCUGCAAUCGGACUGUAUUUGAAAUAAAGUGUAA